AUGGAACAGUACAAAUGCGAAGUGUGCGGCGCAUCCUUCGACCGCGUCGAUAACCUUAAACGACACCGACUCACCCACACGGAGGAAAAAAAUGUAGCAUGCCCCGAAUGCGGGAAGACUUUUGCUCGUCGAGAUAACAUGAAAAGGCAUCUACGCCUCCACCAGGGGACCUCGACGAGUUCGAGCGAAGAACCAGAGGUCUCUUCGGCGGUUAAAAGACCCAGGAUUCAAAGGGGGUCGGGAGCCGCCGACCGCGUCGUCAUGCCCGACAAUCUUCUACCCCCCGACGUCGACCCGUCGGUUGCCGAAGCGUACGGAAGCCAUUGGAACAGCAUACGGACCAGAUCCUCGAGGGGUAACAAACUCCAAGACUGGUACAAUAUUAGAUUAACCACCCUUCAACCCGAUGCCCUUCGAGACGACCUGGAGCGGAUCUUGGAAGAUCAACGCACGGCGUUCAAGAUCAACGUGUCGUACGGUUUUUUCUUAAGAAACAACGAGACCGGGCAGUUAAGGUACUACCACCCCAGCAGCAACAACCAUUGCUUCUUAGAAGCACCCGCUGUGAUCCGCCACCGCCAGGAUCUCGACGGUUUCUUCCACAACAUUACCGCCAGAGAUGUCUUAGAAUGUGCUCGACAGGAGAGGCCAAAUUCGAAGUGGGUGGUAGACACGGUCACCAACGCCACGUUUUACGUAACGAAGUUAAAGGGUCACCCCAUCGGGUGCGGGAUCGACCUGCCUUCCUUCGUGCUAAACAACAGGGGUCUGGUUGCCCUGCAAAAAAACAACCGAGGAAAAACGUACCGCGACAAUCUCUGCCUCUUUCGGUGCCUCGCCUUGCACAAAGGUUCAUCCGUCAGAGGACUGGAAACAACAACGAAGAAACUGUUUGAUAAGUACAGGGAAAGCAAAAGAAAAUGCAAACGCAAAGGUUUCCAAGGCGUGGCGCUCCAUCGACUGCACAAGGUAGAAGCCCUCUUCGAGGUAAACAUCGUCGUGUACGAACUGCAGCAAAACGAAGACGGGGACGUGUUUGCAGAACUCGUUCGUCGUUCGACCGGCAAGUACAACGACACCAUGUCGCUGAACGUGCACGAAAAUCAUUUUUCGUACAUCAACGACGUGGGCAAAUACUGCCACUCGUUUUGCUGUUCGAGGUGCAGCAAAAUGUUCAAAAGCAAACACAUGCUCAGUCGUCACGAACGGACCUGCGACGUCCUCGUAGAGCACCGUUUUCCCGGCAAGGCGUACGCUCCCCAGCCCACCGUAUUCGACCUCCUCGAAGACGAGGGCAUUUUCGUCCCCGAGGAAGACAGAUACUAUCGAUAUCGGGCGACUUUCGACAUCGAGUGUCUGCUACCCCGUACGGAGGAGCUGCAGCACAGCGAAAAGCUGAGCUUAGAACACGAACAUCGUUUCCUCAGCGUCAGCGUGUGCAGCAACGUGCCUGGUCACACGAUNAAGAUUGAAGAAAUAUGA